AUAACAAAAAAGAACAACAUCCCCAAAAUCUUCAUCACUUAAAAAUCACCUGCACUCACUCGAGCCCUAUAAACCCUCGAAGCCUGUUAUCAUUCAAAUCUCUAUUUACGAACCCUCUCUACACCCCCCAAAAAUUCUUUUCUUUUCUUUUCUCUCCUUCCUUUCAUUACAUUGCAAUAGUCAUGGCAGAAGCUGAUCAAAGCAUUGGUGAACACGAUGUGGAUCAAGUGGCAAAUCAUGGUGUAGAUCUUGCUGUUGAUCAUGGAUUAGAUCAUCCCAUAGAUCAUGGCCUGGAUCAUGCUGUAGAUCAUGGUGUGGAUGAUGCUCUAGAUAAUGUGGAUCAUGCUGUUGAUCAUGGUGUAGAGCAUCCUGUUGAUCAUGGCCUCGAUCAUGCUGUUGAUCUGGGCAUGGAUCAUGCUAUAGAUCAGGGCUUGGUUGUAGAACAUAAUGUGGAUCAUGGUAUAGAUCAGACUGUGGAUCAUGGUAUAGACCAGAAUGUGGAUAGUGUUAUAGAGCAUGAUAUUGAUCAUGCCACAGAUCAAGUUCCUGAGAAUUAUCAGGCUCAAGAAAAAGGACAUGAUGCUGAUACAGUUAGUGGAGGUAUUGAAAAGAAGUGGCCUGGUUGGCCUGGGGAGAGUGUGUUCCGGAUGCUGGUUCCUGCACAAAAGGUUGGUAGUAUAAUUGGGCGCAAAGGGGAGUUCAUAAAAAAAAUAGUUGAGGAAACGAGAGCUCGCAUUAAGAUACUUGAUGGACCUCCAGGGACAACAGAAAGAGCUGUCAUGGUAUCUGCCAAGGAGGAGCCUGAUUCUGCUCUUCCUCCUGCAAUGGAUGGCCUUUUGAGAGUUCACAAACGCAUUGUCGAUGGUUUGGAUGGUGAUUCUUCUCAUGCUUCAUCAGGCACAGGAACCAAGGUUUCAACCAGGCUGCUAGUACCAGCCUCACAAGCAGGAAGUCUGAUUGGAAAACAAGGAGGAACAGUUAAAUCCAUUCAGGAAGCAUCUAGUUGUGUAGUUAGAGUUCUUGGAGCAGAAGACCUUCCAGUUUUUGCUCUCCAAGAUGACAGGGUUGUAGAAGUACUGGGGGAUGCAGCUGGUGUGCACAAAGCAGUGGAGCUAAUUGCAUCUCAUCUGAGAAAAUUUCUAGUUGACCGCAGUAUAAUUCCAUUAUUUGAAAUGCACAUGCAAAUGCAAAAUCCUCCUCAUAUGGAGCACAUGCCACCUCAUCAAUCAUGGGGUCCACCUCAAGGUAUUCCUCCAAAUGCUGGUGGAGGUCCUGGUUAUGGUAAUCCUCAAUAUAUGCCACCUCCACGGCAAAUUGAGAACUAUUAUCCUCCUGCUGACUUGCCACCUCCAAUGGAAAAACAACCUCAUCAGGGUAUAUCUGCCUAUGGAAGAGAAGCUCCCAUGGGUGUCCAUGGAUCAUCAAAUUCCCAAGCGGCACCAUCAAUGAUCACACAGAUUACGCAGCAAAUGCAAAUUCCAUUAUCUUAUGCUGAUGCUGUUAUCGGGACAGCAGGUACAAGCAUAAGCUACAUUCGGCGUGCUAGUGGGGCAACUGUUACCAUACAAGAAACUAGAGGUGUUCCUGGGGAGAUGACAGUUGAAAUCAGUGGAACUGCUUCCCAAGUCCAAACAGCUCAGCAGCUGAUACAGAAUUUCAUGGCUGAAGCUGGAGCACCAACACAGGCACAGACAGGUGGGUCCACGGACCAAGGAUAUAAUCCUUAUGCUGCUCAUGGUUCAGUAUAUGCAUCCCCCCCAUCUAAUCCAGGGCAUGCAGGCCAUACUGGAGGUUAUGGCUCAGUGUACGGUACAAAUUAUGGAUACUAGGCAGAACCCUUUGAGUUCGGUUUGGUCAUCAUUGAGACUAUGUAAUGAUAUCCAAUUUAGUAGUUAGAAUCACUGAAUAAUUAUCUAAGGACAUAUUGAAUGUUGUAUUUUGCUCUGCUAGAUUCUUCGUUAGAAUUCACAUAUGUUAGAUUUGUUGUGUGCAUUAGGCUAACCAUAGGGUUGCCGACACUAUUUUGGAUUUCCUUCACAAACUUUGUUGGACAGUUCUAUAUGAGAUCCUCUGCUCUCGUUUUUUUGGUUUUGCUCCAUUA